AUGGCUAUCAACUUCAAGGAUGGUGUUAUAUUGGGUGCCGACAGUCGGACGACAACCGGAGCUUACAUCGCCAAUCGAGUCACCGACAAGUUGACGCAGGUCCAUGACACAAUCUGGUGCUGUCGAUCAGGGUCCGCCGCGGACACUCAGGCUGUGGCAGAUAUUGUGUCCUAUCACCUCAACAUGUACUCGAUCACCAACAACGAGGCGCCGAGUACUCAGGUCGCCGCAUCGCUGUUCCAAGAGCUAUGUUACGAGAACAAGGACAUGCUAAGUGCCGGUAUCAUCAUCGCCGGAUACGACCCGAAGCACGGAGGUCAGGUGUAUUCGAUACCGUUGGGCGGGUCUCUUCACAAGCAACCGUUCUCUAUCGGCGGAUCUGGAUCAACCUAUAUCUAUGGCUACUGUGAUGCUCACUGGAGGGAGAACAUGACAGAGGAGGAAGGCAUCAACUUCGUCCGCGGAGCACUGCAAGAAGCAAUCAAGUGGGAUGGCAGUUCCGGUGGUGUAAUCCGACUGGUGGUGCUGACGUCUCGGGGCGCCCAGCGACACCUCUACCUGCCAGACACGGGCUACACCGGCCCGGGCGUUACCAAUUAA